UGGAUGCCGGUAUUUAGUGACGUGUCUUCCCGACGAGCAGAGCAGAGCGGAGCUGCUGGGAGAGAGCGCGCAGCCCGGUGCGCGGGUGAAAGACGCGGAGGUCUCCACCAGAGCAGCAUCAGCAUCAGCAUCAGCAUCAGCAGCCGGGGGGCCGAUGAGGAGCGGAGAGGACCGGACGACAGGGAAGCCUUCUGCCGCAGAGGAGAGCCAGAUUCGGCUGAUCUGACACACACACACACACACACACACACACCGGCAUCCCCCGGUGCGUGCGUACACACCGCGUCACUUACCCCGCGACUCCCGCCCGUGAUAACCGACCGUCCGGGGCGAGCCGCCUCCUCGACCACCCAUCGGGCUCGUGUGGUGCUGGUGCUGGUGGGGACCUGUAGGGUGGAGCUGCACGCAUCUUGGAGUGAAUGCGUCUUAAGACGAGCUCCGUCAUCGCGGGGUCGGCCCCCCUCGUUCCCCUCGGCAGCGGAUGAGAGAGCCCCGGGAAAAGGGGCGCCCCUGUGACCGGAGGAGGGCUGGAUUCUCCCCGGCCGGUGACCUCCUGCUCCGGGGACAAGUCCUCCUGCAAUCACCCGGCGUCCCCUCUCCUCCCGCGGGCUGAGAGCGACGGCGGCGGCGCCCGCAGAUGCGUCCGGCAGCCCCCGAUGCUCGGCAGUGCACCGGGGCAUCCAGGUCGGUGGGAGAGGCUGGAGCCGCGGCCGCGCGCUAGGAUGCUGCGCCAGGUGCUGCACGCGGGCCUCGGGACCUCGUUCCACGCGCUCGGCCGGUUCGUGGCGAGCCACCCGGUGUUCUUCGCCUCGGCGCCCGUGCUCCUCUCCAUCCUGCUCGGCGCCAGCUUCAGCCGGUACCGCGUGGAGGAGGACGUGGAGAGCCUGCUCGCGCCCAAGCACAGCCUGGCCAAGAUCGAGGGCAACCUGGUGGACAGCCUGUUCCCGGUCAACCGCUCCAAGCACGCGCUCUACUCCGACCUGCAGACGCCCGGCCGCUACGGGCGCGUCAUAGUCACCACCCGCAAGGGCAGCGCGCUGGAGCCGGUUCACCUGGACACCAUCCUCAAGCUCCACAGGCGUAUCUACCAGUUGCAGGUGACCGUCCCGGCCACGGGCGUCAACAGCUUCAACUACUCCUUCUCGUACCUCUGCCUCCCGGACGACAAGAACGUCUGCAUCAUCGACGACAUCAUCCGGGCCAUGGAGGAGAUCCAGUCCGCCCGCGCCACCAACCGCACCGCCCCGGUCCUGCGGUACCCGAUCACGCAGCUGGCGGACGGGCGCCACGCGUACAUCGGACACCAGCUGGGCGGGGUGCAGGGGUGGGGCCCCAACGGGGCGGGGCGAGGCCUGGGGUCAGGUCUGGGGUCAGGUCUGGGGUCAGGAGCCAGGGGGGAAGGUGUACGUUCCGCCCGGGCGUUGCAGCUCACCUACUACCUCCAAGCCCGAGGCGGCCUGAUGGACCGCGUUGCCGGCCAAUGGGAGAAGGCCUUCUGCGCGGAGCUGGAGCACUUUGCGGCGCUGCACCCGAAGCUCGGGCUCUACCCGUCCACUUCCUCCUCCCUGCGAAUGGACUUCCAGUUUUCCUCCGUGCUGGCACGUCGCCCCCUGUUGGCCAGCUUGGGGGCGUGCGGCGUCUUGGCCGUCCUCUGCUGCUCCAUGAGGGACUGUGUUAGGUCCAAACCCUGGCUGGGACUGCUGGCCCUGCUGUCAAUCACGCUGUCGGGCCUCACUGCUGCUGGAAUACUCAACCUGACCGGGGCCACCUACAACUCCACGUACCUGGGCAUCCCGUUUGUCAUGCUCGGUCACGGGCUCUUCGGCUCCUUCGAGAUGCUGUCGUCGUGGAGGCGGACGCGGGAGGACCAGCACGUGAAGGAGCGCGUGGCGAGCGUCUUCGAGGACGUCAUGCUGCGCUUCUCCGGCUCCACCAUGCUCCACCUGAUGACCCUGGGCCUGGCCGCCUCGCCGCUCACCAACAUGGAGGUCGUCAGACUCUUCUGCCGCACCGCCGCCUUAGCCGUCACCAUCAGCUACGUUUACAUGUUGUCCUUCUACAGCUCCUGUCUGGUGUUCACGGGCUACCUGGAGACGGGAUACCGACACGGCUGCUUCUGCCGCAGAGUCCCCAAGCCCGACCGGCUGGACUCUAAGCCGGCCUGGUACAGGUGUCUGAUGUACACCCGCUACCAGGACGAGACUCAAGCGACCAACUCGCCGCACGGGGUCGGACACGGUCACGCUCACACUCCCCCGCCAAACCCUAACCUAACUCACACACACGUGCACACGCACCCGCACCCGCACACCGCGAACAACCCUAAUUCGCACGGACUCGACCACGUGGCCAACUCCGCCGAACACGCGCAUCCACACCCUCACACACACUCCGCGGCCAUCGCGGACCCUCACCCUCAGGACUCGCACCUUUUGCUGGGGUGCGUGAGGCGUUGCUACGGAGACUGGAUCACAAACACUUAUGUCAAACCCUUUGUGGUUCUGCUGUACCUGGUUUACAUCUCCUUUGGAUUGAUGGGCUUCCUACAGAUGACGCAGGGUUCUGACCCCAGCGCGCUGGUCGCCAUGGAUACAACGACGGUCUUGUACACCCGUGCCCAGCAGCGAUAUUUCAGCUCGUACUCCCCGGUCAUUGGAUUUUAUAUCUACGAGAGCGCCCCCUACUGGAACGCGUCGGUGCAGCGGGACCUGCUGGAGUACGCCAAGGGCUUCCAGAGAAUCAGCUGGCUGGAGGCCUACCUGAACUACCUGGCGGACCGCAACCAGUCCACCAGCCAGCCACGGGAGAAUUUCACCCGCACCCUGCGCCACUCCUUCCUCCACGAGCCGCAGUUCGCGCACUUCGCCGACGACAUCAUAUUCGCCGAGCGCGGCCAGGGCGAGGAGCCCGACGUGGCCGCGUCGCGCAUCUUCCUGGUGGCCAAGACGACGGAGAACAAGCGCGAGGAGAUGUCGGUGCUGCUGGACACGCUGCGACGCCUGUCGCUGACCUCGCGCGUUCGCUUCCUGAUCUUCAACCCCUCCUUCGUCUACCUGGACCGCUACGCCGCGGCCGUCAGCUCCCCCCUCAGACACUCACUGCUGGCGGUGCUCUUCCUGUUGGGUCUGUCCUCGCUGGCGGUGGUGGAGCCGCUGGUCUCCGUCUGGCUGGGCCUCACCCUGCUCUCCGUGCAGUUCGGGGUCCUGGGCUUCAUGACCUUGUGGGGCGUGGAGCUGGACUGCAUGUCCGUUCUGUGCCUGAUCGCGGCUCUGGGACACUCGGCGGACUGCAGCGGCCCCCUCCUCUGCGGCUUCGCCUCGGGUCGCGGCGAGAGCAGGACUCGCUGGGUGAGAGUGGCGCUGGAGAGACACGGCGUCCCCUCGCUACAGACGCUCAUCUGCUACGGCGCCGCCCUGGCGCCCGUUGGCGCCGUGCGCUCCAACCUCACACACACACUGUUCCGCUGCCUAGCGCUCACGGCCGGCUGCUCGGCGCUGCACACGCUGGCCUUCCUGCCCACCCUGCUCACCUUCCUGCCCCCCUCCAAGACCCGGGGCAGCCGGCCCGGAGGAGAGGGGCAGAGGCCGGAGGUGGAGUGCGUCGAAAUGAACGACAGCACCCGAGUGGUCGACCAGAUCACCACUGUCUGAUCACGCGGUGAUGUUGUGUUUUCCAGCAACCCCCCCCCCCCCCCCCGGUUGCUAUGGUGACUGCCGGCUGGGAAUUGGUCGAUGGUCGUCUGGGCAGCCGAUGUGCACGCUGCAGACAAGAAGGCCGAACCUCGCGAAGAGAAGGGGAGAAAGAUUGGAGGAAUAAUAGAGUUUGAAGGUCGAGGGAGAGAAAAAAAUUAUCCAAACAAAUAAAGAAGAGUAGGAGGCAAGAGAAGAGAAAGAGAAAGACGGGCUCCUAGUGCAGUGUAUCCAUGGUUACCUGCUUGUUGCUAGUGCAGUGUGGCAUGUGAAUGAGUUUUUUUUUCUUUCUUUCUUUCUCUCCCUUGAAUAGCCAAUCAGGAGGGGAGGGAUUCAGCCGGGGUCAGGCCUGGAUGUGACCUCUGACCACACAGGAAGUGCCACACUUUUUUUUUUUCCACUUCUCCAGAUACUCGCUUUAGAUCGGAUCGCAUCUGUUUGGCUACCGCUACUCGUCCACGUUAUCAAGUCGCACAUAACACAGCUCCAACGACAUGAGGCAAAUCAUCUGUAUUACUCGAGUGUUUCUACUUUGAUCCUGGACAAAAAUAAAGUCAAAA